AUGAAUGUUUUGAAGUACCUGAAGAAGUAUCCAGUCUUGCAACAAUCAGAUAUCUUCAAUAUCAUUGAAGAUUUUCGGAGUAUUGACAUUUCUGAUAAUGGAUGGGUCGAAAAGAAGGACAUCAUAUCGUCAGUUUCACUGAAAGGUAACUACACUUAUGACCAAACUAGAGAAGCAUUGAAGCGCGUAGAUCUCGAUGCUUCUGGUCACGUUGAAUUGGACGAUUACGUGGAAUUGAUAGCCAAGUUAAAGGAGGAUGAGAGCCCUCCAGCUUCAUCAAAGCCCCAGGCACCCGGACGCCCUUUAAACAAACCAGCUCCACCUGUUCCUACUAAUGAUGCAACUCAUAAGACUUACAUCUCAGGAAAAACUUCGGGAACAACCCAUACUAUUAACGAUGAAGAGAGAACUGAAUUUACAAGACAUAUUAAUUCUGUUCUUGGUGAUGACCCGGAAAUUGGUAAUCGUUUACCAUUUGAUACCGAAACCUUUCAAAUUUUUGAUGAAUGCAGAGAUGGUUUGGUCUUGUCGAAGUUGAUCAAUGACUCAGUACCUGAUACAAUUGAUACCAGAGUUUUGAAUUUACCCAAGAAUAAAAAGGCUUUGAACAAUUUUCAAAUGUCUGAGAAUGCGAACAUUGUUAUCAACUCUGCCAAGGCCAUUGGAUGUGUUGUUGUCAAUGUGCAUUCCGAGGACAUCAUUGAUGGUAAGGAGCAUUUGAUUUUGGGUUUAAUUUGGCAAAUCAUCAGAAGAGGUUUGUUAUCGAAAGUUGACAUCAAGUACCAUCCGGAGUUAUAUCGCUUGUUAGAAGAUGACGAGACUCUUGAACAAUUCUUGAGAUUACCUCCUGAGCAGAUUUUGUUGCGCUGGUUCAAUUAUCACUUGAAAAAUGCUGGUUCUCAAAGGAGAGUAUCAAACUUUUCGAAAGACAUCAAUGAUGGUGAGAACUAUACUGUCUUGUUGAAUCAAUUGCAACCGGAGUAUUGCGAUUUGUCUCCUUUGCAAACUACAAACAUCAAUCAGCGUGCUGAGCAAGUACUUGAUAACGCUGAAAAGAUUGGAUGCAGAAAAUACUUGACUCCUUCUUCAUUAGUUUCGGGUAAUCCUAAAUUGAACUUGGCUUUCGUGGCUCAUUUAUUCAAUACUUAUCCAGGUUUAGAUCCGAUAGAAGAAAAUGAACACAUCGAGAUUGAAGAAUUUGAUGCUGAAGGAGAGAGAGAGGCAAGAGUUUUUACAUUAUGGUUGAACUCAUUGGAUGUGGACCCCCCAAUUGUGUCUUUGUUUGAGGAUUUGAAAGAUGGUUUGGUUUUAUUGCAAGCUUUCGAUAAAGUUAUGCCUGGCUCUGUUUCUUUUAAACACGUCAACAAAAAACCAGCAACAAGCGAGUUGUCUCGUUUCAAGGCUUUGGAAAAUACCAAUUACUCUGUAGAGAUUGGAAAAGCUAACAAGUUUUCUUUAGUUGGAAUCGAAGGAUCUGAUAUUGUUGAUGGAAAUAAAUUGUUGACUUUAGGAUUGGUUUGGCAAUUGAUGAGGCGCAACAUUACCAACACUCUUUCCAAGUUGGGAAACAACAGUAACUCGACUGAUUCAGACAUUUUGAAAUGGGCAAACGGACAAGUGGCCAAAGGUGGUAAAGGAUCUGCUAUCAGAUCGUUCAAGGAUCAAUCCAUCUCAACUGGUGUUUUCCUUUUGGAUGUUUUGAAUGGUUUGAAACCUGGGUAUGUCGACUAUGAUUUGGUCUACGAAGGAAAAUCCGAAGAAGAAAGAUAUGCCAAUGCCAAGUUAGCAAUUUCUAUUGCUAGAAAGUUGGGAGCCUUGAUCUGGUUGGUCCCUGAGGACAUCAACGAGGUCAGAAGCAGGUUGGUGUUAUCCUUUGUGGGUAGCUUGAUGGCCGUAGAGCAACAUAUCUAA